AUGACAAGUAAAAACAAAUUAGCAUUUAUCUUUGAUAAAUACAAAUAUUAUACUGAUCAAGAUUAUCGCGUAAAAUUUCGCUAUAUAUUAAAGAAUCUGCUUAAGAUUGCGAGGAAAGAAUUAUUUAAUGAUGAUGAAGAACCUGUAGCAUUUCAAGAUUAUUUUGAACUCGUGCCUUUUAUGUCUGAAAAACAGUUUAUACAAGAUUUUAGAAUGCCAAAAUCACAUUUUGAAAUAUUGCAUGCCAAAUUGGUGAACUCUCCUUCCUUUCAGUGUACUGGUAAAGGGAAAGCACCCGUUUACUCUGAAAAAUGCCUUGCGAUAGGCAUCUGGGUGUUAGCAACUCCAGAUAGUUAUAGAAGCAUUGCCAGGAGAUUCGCAGUCACCAAGUCUACGGUUAAAUGCUGUCUGGAAAGAGUGAUCAAUGGGCUACUAAAUGAAUUUGAAGUUCUUGGUGGAGAAGAAGGUGGUCUGCAAAAAGUGAUUGGAGCUCUUGAUGGGUGCCAUAUCAAAAUACGAGCUCCUGCUAGAGGUGACAAAUCUGUGUAUUUCAACAGGAAAAAAGACUAUUCAAUAGUUCUUCAAGGAUUGUGCGAUGCAGAUUGCUUUUUCACAAAUGUAGAUGUGAGGUGGCCUGGUAGUGUACAUGAUGCAAGAGCAUUUACAACCUCGGAUUUGUAUCCCUUGUGCGAAGAUAUAUGCAGAAAUGGAUAUUACUUUAUAGGUGAUUCUGCUUAUCCGUUAAAAAGUUAUCUUAUGAGACCUUAUCGCAGGACUCAUAGAUUGAGUUUGCGCCAAAAAUUGUACAACAAAAUCCUAAGUAAAACCAGGCAGGUAAUUGAAAGGGCGUUUGGCUUUUUAAAGACUAAAUUUAGAAGAUUGUACUAUUUACAUAGGAAUAAUGUCAGAGACUCAGUGCGUACUAUUGCAGCUUGUUGUAUUUUGCACAACAUUUGUUUAGCAUCAGAAGAGUAUGCAAGAAUUUUGAUUUUUGGCAGGAACGAAAAUGAAAAUGAUGAACCAAUGGAGCAGAAUUUACCAAACAAUAUUGUUGAAAAUCCAAAUAGAAAGCGACAGCAAAUAGUGGACAGAUUAUGGAAUUUGUAUGCUAAUUAG